CUGUUUCCCGGGAACCCUCCCCGGUCGUGGGCCCCAAUUUCCCGCAGCCUUCCACGACUCCGAGAACGUUCUGACACCCUCGGGGAAAGCUCUCUGCUGCACGACUCGGUACGGGGACGGCUUUUCGCACCCCUUGUUGCUGGGGCAGAGCGACGGUGGGAAGCAUGCGGGACUACGACGAGGUGACGGCCUUCCUGGGCGAGUGGGGGCCCUUCCAGCGCCUCAUCUUCUUCCUGCUCAGCGCCAGCAUCAUCCCCAACGGCUUCAAUGGAAUGUCAGUCGUGUUCCUGGCCGCCACCCCGGAGCACCGCUGCCGGGUGCCCGACACCGCGAACCUGAGCAGCGCGUGGCGCAACCACAGUAUCCCGCUGCGGCUGCAGGACGGUCGUGAGGUGCCUCACAGCUGCCGGCGCUACCGGCUGGCGGCGAUCGCCAACUUCUCGGCACUGGGGCUGGAGCCGGGGCGCGAUGUGGAUCUGGAGCAACUGGAGCAGGAGAGCUGCCUGGAUGGCUGGGAGUUCAGCCAGGACAUCUACCUGUCCACCAUCGUGACUGAGUGGAGUCUAGUGUGUGAAGAUGACUGGAAGACGCCCCUCACCUCCUCCCUGUUCUUCCUGGGUGUGCUCUUUGGCUCCUUCGUGUCCGGGCAGCUAUCAGACAGGUUUGGCAGGAAGAGCAUCCUCUUUGCGACCAUGGCUGUGCAAACUGGCUUCAGCUUCGUACAGAUUUUCUCCAUCAACUGGGAGAUGUUUACUGUGUUAUUUGUCAUCGUGGGCAUGGGACAGAUCUCCAACUAUGUGGUGGCCUUCAUUCUAGGAACUGAAAUUCUUGGCAAGUCAGUUCGUAUUAUAUUCUCUACGUUAGGAGUGUGCACAUUUUUUGCAGUUGGCUACAUGCUGCUGCCACUGUUUGCUUACUUCAUCAGAGACUGGCGGAUGCUGCUGCUGGCGCUGACGGUGCCGGGGGUGCUGUGCAUCCCCCUGUGGUGGUUUAUUCCUGAAUCUCCCCGGUGGUUGAUAUCCCAGAGAAGAUUUAUAGAGGCUGAAAAUAUCAUCCAAAAAGCUGCAAAAAUGAACAACAAAGCGGCCCCGGUGGUGAUUUUUGAUCCUAUGGAGCUACAGGAACUAAAACUCCCAAGCCAGCAGAAAAUUCUCAUUCUCAGCCUGUUCAGGACUCGGAAUAUUGCCACAAUUACCAUUAUGUCUUUGAUGUUGUGGAUGCUUACCUCAGUGGGUUACUUUGCUCUGUCUCUCAACGCUCCUAAUUUACAUGGAGAUGCCUAUUUGAACUGUUUCCUCUCUGCCUUGAUUGAAGUUCCAGCCUACAUUACAGCCUGGCUCCUGUUGCAAACCCUGCCCAGACGCUAUAUCAUAGCUGGAGUACUGUUCUUGGGAGGAGGUGUGCUUCUCUUAAUUCAACUGGUACCUGAAGAUUACAACUUCUUGUCCAUUGGUCUGGCGAUGUUAGGAAAGUUCGGAAUUACUUCUGCUUUCUCCAUGCUGUAUGUCUUCACUGCAGAGCUUUACCCCACCCUGGUCAGGAAUAUGGCUGUGGGGGUUACAUCCAUGGCCUCCAGAGUGGGCAGCAUCAUUGCUCCCUACUUUGUUUACCUCGGUGCAUACAACAGAGUUCUGCCCUACAUCCUCAUGGGCAGCCUGACUGUCUUGAUUGGAAUCAUCACCCUCUUUCUCCCUGAAAGUUUUGGAGUAACUCUACCAGAGACCUUAGAGCAGAUGCAGAAAGUGAAAGGGUUCAGACUUAGGAAAAACACAAGAGAUUCAACGGAGAAAGAAGAAAAUCCCAAAGUUCUCAUAACUUCAUUCUGAUAAAAUUUCCACCCCAUUUGGUGACCUGAAAAACAGAUGCAUAAGACUCUAUGGAGAAACCAAAGUCUUUCCUGAUGAAAUGGACCAACCCUAAGGAUUAACACUAAGAUGACUUUGCUGUUGAGAAAUGCUUGUCACAUAGCAAACUCCAAGCCACUCUUCCAGAUAAUCCCCUUAUUUUAAAAACAAACCAUUUCUAGAUAGUCCACCUUCCUAAUUAAUUCAAUGAAAUGGGUUCAUAAGAUUUUUUUGAAAAAUGCAUUGGUCAAGGACUGGUAAAUUCAUACAAAGAUGAACCUUCAUUUUCAAACAUACAAAUACUAUUCAAAUAAAAAGAAUGUCUUUGUAUUAACACAACUAUUAGGUGAUAACAGUAUAUGUGUGUAUGUGUAUAAGUGAACUAGUACAUUCAAAAUUAGAGUAAUUUUUGAAGUGAACCUAUAUAUUGCUGUAACUAAAUGAUUAUAUGCAGUAUUCCUAUCCAGAGAAUUUCAUACAAUCCUUUGAGGGGAAUUGAUGGCAGAUAUUAAUAGUGUUUUACAAGUGAAACACGGUAAGAGAUCAAGAAACCUUGACAUGCGGCUCGUAUGACCUGUUGGCCUUUACGAAGGAAACCCAGACAGUUCCCUGCUAAAAUUCAGCGGCUAUAACUCACAGUGUUUUGAAUGGUCUGUAUUUGUUGUGAUCUUUUGAGGCACAUGAUUGAACUUUCUGUUUCUUAAGACUGGUUGAAAAGGUAUUUUGCUAAUAAACAGAUAAUCAGGAAAGCCACAAACCAGUUAGAUUGGUAAAGAUGGUUUGUAUGCCCCAUGGCCAAGAGACAUCAGCACUCAGGAAGAAGGCUGUCCAAGCCAACAAUCUGGAAAGACUUUUAAAACAGUUCUUUCCAUUAAUAGAUUCCUUCCUAAGCACGGUAUGCAGCUACAUUCUCUCUGACCAGGGGUGCAUCUGGUUCCAUGAAUGAGCAGUGUAAAAAAUAAUGGUCACUAAUGGGGUAAUGUGUUAUCAUAAGCUCAGAAAAUAAAUGUCAGGUCUCUGUCUCAGCAUGUUUUAGGCAUGCUGAGAUGAUAACACAGCGAGGAGUUAAUCCUGGAGACUGAGGCAGCAUGCUUUCUCUGAAAGUGGCUUCUGCCACAGCAGCACAGCGAAAAGCAACUGAGCCUUUGACAUCCCCAGCACUACAGUGUGCUCAUAGAAGGAGGUAGCUCUGGUUUUUUAUAUGAUGCUUGGUGGCAACAUCUCCUAAAAAUACUUAUCCCCAAGAUUAAAUUUUCACUAAAUAUUUUGUAGAGGAAAUUUUGAUAUAACUUCUUUAAUAAAUGGUCCAUGUUAUUUCAAGUUUCUU